GCUGCCUCCUUAGAGGGCAGCAGCGGGGCGCCUCGGGGACGCAUGCGCCCCAAUUUGCACCCGGGGAAUUAAAAGUAAAGGGGGGUUAAAAAGCUCGACCCAACACACGCCCCCAACAAGACGCCAGCGGCGAGAGGCGCGCGGCCGGCAGUCUCUGGUCGGUGGGGCACCUCCGCCCUCGUGCGCGUCCCGGCCGCGGCGUGAUGCGCACGCUCCGGCCGCCACUGUCCCCGCACCUGGACGCCGGCCGGGUGGCGUGCGCCCCGGCCGCGAUCGCUCGCUGCGGCGACUUGUUCCGAGACUCUGGCGCCAGAGGGGACCCUCGCUCUCCAUGGGGCUGAGGGACUGGCUGCGGACUGCGUGCUGCUGCUGCCCAUGCAAGUGUCUGGAGGAGCCCAACCUGCCCGAGAAGGAGCCCCUGGUCAGUGGUAAUAAUCCAUAUUCUUCAUUUGGAGCAACUCUGGCGAGGGAUGACGAGAAGAAUUUGUGGAGCCUGCCUCAUGAUGUGUCCCACACAGAGGCAGAUGACGACAGAAUCCUGUACAAUUUGAUAGUCAUUCGUAAUCAGCAGGCCAAAGACUCAGAGGAGUGGCAAAAACUCAACUAUGAUAUCUAUACCCUGCGGCAGAUUCGAAGGGAAGUGAGAAACAGAUGGAAACGCAUUUUAGAAGAUUUGGGUUUUCAAAAGGAAGCGGACUCUUUGUUGUCAGUGACUAAACUCAGCACCAUGAGUGAUUCUAAAAACACAAGGAAAGCUCGAGAGAUGUUGCUGAAACUGGCUGAAGAGACCAGUAUUUUUCCAAGAAGCUGGGAGCUUUCAGAGAGAUACCUGUUUGUUGUGGACCGUCUUAUUGCUCUUGAUGCUGCAGAAGAGUUCUUUAAAAUUGCUAGUCGAACUUACCCCAAAAUGCCUGGGGUCCCUUGCCUGGCUGAUGGCCAGAAAGAACCACACUACCUUCCAUUUCCAAGUCCCUAAAGGAGACUCAAUGGGAAUCCUUCUGCUGAGACUCAACAGCUAACCAAAGUCGGAUAUUUGCACGUGUAAGAUUGCCAUCAAGUAGAGAGCCCUACAAUGAUGUCAGGUUUUUGUGAGAACUUCUAAGAAAUGUUCCAGUUUUAUUGAAGCACCCUGGUGACCUUGCAUCUAGAAAGGAAGUUGAAGAGUUGGUCAGUGGGAGAGUUCAUUUUGGUAAUCAGAUUCUAAGAGCCCUUUGUCCCAGUCUUGGUUUUGGUUGUACAAUAAGCUCUUAUCAUCAGUCCCUAUUCAGGGAGUGAGAUAUUCCAGUUAAUAAAGCAAUAUGAUUAAUAGAGCUAUCAUUGAGCCCUCAAUAGUCAAUAAUAAAACAUAGGCUAACCCCCUGCCCACCAAAUAGUAGGCGUUAUGUGACCUCUCUUCAAUUUGGAAAAGCUUGCAGAACCUUGGAGGGUGUCCGAGGCAUCAUUCUGGAUAUCAGUUUUGAUUAUUCAGAAGUAUAGAUGAAUCAGAGGGUAGAAAGUCCAAGGACAGCUGCUCAGAGGUGGGUUUCAACUAGAAUGGCCUUGAAGAGAACUUCCUGCUGCUACAGAUGAAGAAAGAGUUCUGUCUUCACGUGAGGUACAUGCAUCUUAAAACCCUCAACUUUGUUAUCUGGUGACUUCAUUAUUGCAUAUUGUCCCUGGCAUUUAACCAGGAUAGCCCCUGUAAACUGAAGCAUGUGACCUUCACUUCCUUCUUUUGUUUUUACUGUUUCCAACUUGUCAGCCAAGAGUGUCACCUGCCCAGGGAGCACCCAGGUAGACCUGCAGGUGGGCAGGUAGCAAUGCCCUGAACAAGGCCUCUGCUGGGCUUUCUUCGCAGAUGAUUUUCAGAUUGGAGCAGUGCUAUCAAUAGAACUUGCUUCUGUCCACAGCUUCAAAAGUUACUUGCCACUUAAGCAAGGAGCUUGCCAAGAGACUGUGGUUCAUUUUUUGAAAAACCUUUAGGGACAUACAGGAUUUAUCAGUAGAUUGCUGAGAACAAUGGCAAUAUUUUUAUUUUUUACAGAUUUUGCACUUCUGACUUCAGGUUAAAAACUAACUUGUAUUAGUCCAGGAAAUUGUGACUUGAAAUUUUUCAUAUCCUGAUUAACAUUUUGGGUAGUGUUCACUAUGUUUAAAGUAUUUCCUAGAGGAUUCAUGUUCUCCAUUUAUUAAUGCGUUAAUAGGACAAUUUAGCUGAUGUGUUUCAGGAAAAUUCUCCCUAGUUUAAUAAGUAAGCUAAAUGUUUUAUUUAAAAAAAAAUUUAGUACUUAAACUCUGUCUCAUGUUGUUUAAAAUUAGCCUGCAGAUAUUUUCCUCACUUCUGUAGGCUCCUGGAAGAUAGCAAAAGAAGCAAUAAAAUAAAAGACCUUAGAAUGUUGUAUUGUUUUAAUCUCUGCAUCAGAAUUUGUGUUUUGUCUUUCUUCCUUUUUUCAUGUCAAAAUAGAUGAGAUUAUUUGCAUCUAUGGAGUUAUAAAUUGUUAUCAUAGUUUUUAUUUUUGGUAAUAAACCAAUAAGAAUAAGAUUGUCUCUAUAUUACUAAAAUACAUGAAAUUAUCCAGGAAAAUUUUUUCAAGGAAUUAAAAAGCUUCUGUGUUUA